AUGGCAGCAGCCCCAUCAUACCACUGGCCACUGUUGGGAGAUUUGCACAUUCCUCAUAGAUGUAGCAGCUUACCUUCAAAAUUCAAGAAACUUCUUGUUCCAGGACGCAUUCAGCACAUUCUUGUUACUGGUAACUUGUGCACUAAAGAAUCUUUUGAUUAUUUGAAAACAUUGGCUAGUGAUGUUCAUGUCGUACGUGGAGAUUUUGAUGAAAACAUGAAUUAUCCUGAACAGAAAGUUGUUACAGUAGGGCAAUUUAGAAUUGGUUUAUGUCAUGGUCAUCAGGUUGUUCCUUGGGGUGAUCCUGAAUCCUUAGCUUUGGUUCAACGUCAACUAGAUGUAGAUAUUCUAAUAUCUGGUCAUACUCACAAAUUUGAAGCUUAUGAGCAUGAUAACAAGUUUUAUAUUAACCCGGGAUCUGCUACAGGCGCAUACAACCCUCUAGACUCCUCGAUCAUUCCUUCUUUUGUAUUGAUGGAUAUACAAAGUACAACUGUUGUCACAUAUGUAUACCAGUUGGUUGGUGAUGAAGUAAAAGUGGAAAGAAUUGAGUACAAGAAGAGCUAAACAUUUCAUUACUAUCGCCAAUUGAAAAAUUGUAUUUUAUUCAAUUAUUUGUAUAUUUUUGUUAUACUAAUGUAUUAUGUUUAGAAACAUUCUAAAAUUAAAUUUUAUUUAUGUAUUUUAAUAGGCUAAAGAAGAAAUUAAAACUAUCAUGAAUGUUUUUUCAUCAAUAAACUGUAAGGUUUUAAAAGCUAUCCAAGAAAAUUUAUGUUACUAAGUUAGUCAGCUUAAAAGUUUUGUAUUUUUUUUUAAAUGGGGUAGAGUAAGAGAAACGGACCCGGUUUUGUUAUAUUGUUAAUAACAAAUGAUGUUGCUUAUCUUAAUUACAACUAUUAAUAUAAUCAACUUGAUCCUAGAUGGUUUAUUAUAUUGUCCACUGUGCACUGAAGAUGGUUUAGUGCCAAAACGCGUGUCUACAGUAUAAAAUAUUGUUAGUUUCUUAUUUUUAAUUAAUUUGAAAGAUAGCCAUAUACUGUAGAGCCAAGGCUACCAGUAUUGUGAAUUGCAGUUCCAUUUUUAAUCCUAGAACUGGCAAUGGUGAAUCCUUAGCUACAGUAUAAUAAGCGGCUUACUACAACAAUAAUGCAUAGAAGUAAUUUAUGGCCAAGGCUACCCAGUAUUGUGAAUUGCAGUUCCAUUUUUAAUCCUAGAACUGGCAAUGGUGAAUCAUUAGCUACAGUAUAAUAAGCGGCUACUACAACAAUCAAAUCAUUGAUAUUUAUGAAUAUUGAAUCCUUGAUAUUCAUGAUUAUCUAAAACUAUUGAAACUAUAAAAGUUUAUUUUUAUGUGUAAAAGAAGUAUUGGUAUUUAAUAUUAUAGGAAAUAAUAAUACGUAAAUUAUAUUUUUGUUAUGAUAGAAAAAAAAACCUCUCUACAAAAACGUCUAAACUACAUUAAUUUAUUAUAAAAUUUAAUUGCUGAAGUUAAUGUUAAAGUUAAAACACUAUCAUUAAAAUUUUUUUUUUAUUUGCAGUGAUAGUAAUUUAUAGGUUAUUUGAAAUCUUAUUAACUUAAAAUAUUUGGCCACACUAUAGUAAGCGGCCACCACCACAAUCGAAGGAGCAAACCAAAUUAUUGAUUAGAAAUAGGUAAAUGAUAGAAUACGAAAACAUUCUAAUUAUAAUAAGAAUCUAAUGUAAUCUGUUUUUGUAGAAUCAAAACGUAGCUGAACUGUACUAUGAUAUAAAUUAUACAUAUAACCUAAUUCAGUUUGUCAUUGUUGUUUUUUUUAUUGUUCGUUUUAUAGGGUAUAGAUAAUCAGAAAUAUUGAUAAUUUGAUAGUUGUGGUGGCCAUUUAUCAUACUGCUGCCCUGUAUUUAGUAACUUCAUAUUCCCACUAGGCCAGGAACAAAACACUGUUAACUGCUGAUAGCAUAACUCUAGAAAUGAUAUACCAAUUAUGUUCAAUCAUUUAAGUGAUGAUGCCGCAUAUGAAGAGCAUUUACAUACUUUCAUAUUGUAAUAUAGUUUUCCACUAAAAUGUGUAUGCUAUAUUAAAUCAGCUUGUUUACAAAGCAAUAGCUAACAACUUGCAUUGUUUGUUUAUUUUCAUCCGUCAUAACACCCAAAUUUCCAUAUAUAUAUAUAUAUAUACAUAAUUUUAACUGUGACUACUCUAAAAAAUAUCACACUCACUAUACUGAAAAGUGUAGUCAAUAUUCCUGGAAACUGUGUAACAUUUGGGAUCAAAAGUAUAUUUUGGAUUUUUAUAUUUUAUAAAUUCCAAGUUAGGAACAAAAUGAAAUGCAGGGAUGAGUAGCAAAUACGUUUUUUAACGAUUACAAACAAUGUUGGAGGCAAAACCAUUCGAACAUUGGUUGUGGUUAAAAUAAGCUUCAGGAAAAAUACAUGAACAGUUGCCCCAAAACACUGAGUCACCAUAGUAAUUUUGUGUGCCAGUUCUAGGAUUACAUGUUGUUUUUAUAGCCUAAGGUUUUUCAAAGUGUUAAUGUUCUUUCAAGGCCAUUGACAACCCAAGUGUUUUUAGCCAAAGAAUCUUUUUAAUUUCAUUGAUAUUUAUUUUAAACUCCAUUGUUAAUGGAGUAUAGUAGAAAUGUUGCCAAGUCUGUAAUUCUUUUCAGGUGUAAUUAUAUUUUAUGAUUUUAUAUGCAUAAUGUUACAUAGUUUGUUGUUUUGUGAAUCUGCAAUGUUAUUUCCUAUUAACAAGAGUUGGAGAUUGUUAUUUGCAGUUGAGAGACUUUCUUGUUAUAUCUAUUCUGUUUUGAAACGGGACUUAAAAUUAAUUAUUAUAAAAGUUUGCGAGCAAGUUUUAUAUUUAUAGUGAGCUCUUAUAGUUCUGCCUGAAAACAUACUAAAGUGAAAUUCAUUUAAAAGUACACAUCACAAAAAACGUGUAAUGUAGAUAAAACAACAUUCUGAAAAUUCUCUCUAUCCCUAAUUCCUGUCCUCACUCGACAAAGAUUCUGAUUAUUAAAUAAAGCAAGUCUCUUCAUGAGCUUAUUUACCUCUUCUAAGGCUGUAUAUUUUUCGUCUGUAUGAUUAUGAUUUAAUGUGUUUCAGAUUUAUAUUAGAUUAUGUUGUGACACAGUCUUUCUAUUUUGCAUGUUUUUACUAUCCUGUAUAUAAUAAAAGAAAAUACAUUUUACCAUCUUAUAACUGUAUUUAAGAAGUUGAGAAGAUAGAAACGAUUAAAGUUUCUGAAUGCUAAUUGAGUACUAUUCAUAACCAGAAGUUGAAUUCUUUCUAUAUUUAAUAGUGUUAAAUAAUAGUAAUACGUAUCCAUAUAGAAUUUUCUAAUAAUUUACUAUUUUUGUUAUAUUAAAGGUUUUUUCCCUCAAUUUUUUUUUUGUAAAAUCUCUUUAUAUUUAUCUUUGACACAGAAUAUAUUGCAAAUUAAGAAAAAAUACUCCAUUUAGCUUUGAUUAUGCUAUAUGUAGUAAGAAAAUAUAUUAUAUCUAAUGUUUUUUGUAAGAUUUAAUGUUAACUUACCUAAUAUCCUGCAAAACAGUCAUUACACAAUGAGUGUGGUUAUGUCAUGCUAUCAACUGACAUAAGGUAAUAACUACAUUUUAUGUUAAAUGCUAUUGAAAUGAUGUAACGUUUUAAUAAAGUUUCUUCUGAAGUUUUCACACUUUAUGUGUGUUUAAAAAAGUCUAUGUCGUAAUUGUGGUAAUUCGUUAUGUUCAACUAGUACUGUAUUUAUGAAAUAUUAGUUACAUUAACCUAUUUAUUGCAAGUUAUCAGUUUUUGACGUUCAAAAGUCUGACUGACUAACAUAUUGUUAAUUUAAAAAUAACAGGUUUAUUUUUGUACUGUAAAACUUUUUUUAUGUCUUUCUGUAGUUGCAAAAUUUUAAAUUUAACUCUCCUCAAUGUGUAUGUAGAUGAAGACUUCUUUGAAAUUUCACAAACAAUUGACACUGUUUAUAAUUAGUUACCUACAAUUAUUGUAAAAGCUGAAAUUUUGGUUUGAUACUUAAAAAAUCUUUUGAAUCGUUUUAAACUUGAUUUCAAGUUUCAGGAAAAAAUAAAGAGAUUUAAAAAAUCUUUUCGAGACCAAACACACAGUGACAUGUUUGGACAUUUAUACCUUUUGUUGAUAAUUAUGAUUGAAUAUUCUUAUAAAAUAUUGUUAUUGUAUGUAUAAUUUUACAACAAAUGAUCAAUUAUAUUUGUAUACAAG